UGGGUAGGAAGUCUGAUGUUACAAAAGGGAAAGGAUAUUAACAGCAGGAAAACCAACAUCCUCUGCGGUUCUUCGAAAGAUUUUCCUGCCCUGCCCCCUUCCCCCUUCCUGGUUGGGCUAAUAUAUCCGUCCCAAGCUCCCAGUCAUUAGAGAUAACCCUCAGUGUUGGUGUGCAUGUGUCCGUGUCCCCAGGAAUUGGAUCAUGUUAGACUACUCCUUUUGAGCCAAGAUCAUGUUUUCAGGGUAACAGGCUAUGAUAUUCAUUUCCUGUGAAGAGGGAGAUAGGAGAGAAAGAAAAGCACCCUAACGGCAGGCAGCCAGCAUAUAACACAUUUUCCUGGAGGGAAAGCACCACAGAAGGCAAAGGGUUCUUCACUGCAGCAACAUCAGGAUCAUCUUUCAUUCCCCUAAAAGUUAACCUUCCUACUCAAAAUGGGAGAAUCUGAGGAUCUUUUACAUUUGGAUGAGGAGUACCACAACCUGACAGAGCUUUUCCAGCUGCUCAACUAUUCCUUCAGCCAUUGCGAGAUAGGCCUGGAUGAGAACACGAAGCGGGUGUUCCUCUUUGUCCUCUACCUCAUCAUCUUUGUGGUGGGGCUGGUGGAGAACCUCUUGGUGAUCUGGGUCAACUGGCAGACCCGAAGCCACAAAAACUUGGUCAACCUGUACAUUUUCAACAUGGCUAUUGCAGACUUAGGGGUCAUCCUUUCCUUACCAGUCUGGAUGCUAGAAGCCAUGCUUGAUUACACCUGGCACUGGGGAGAUUUCCUCUGCCGCUUCGCCCAUUAUUUCUACUUUGCCAACAUGUACAGCAGCAUCUACUUUCUGACCUGCCUCAGUAUUGACCGCUAUGUAUCACUGACAACAUCUUCCCUCUUUUGGCACAAACAUCAGCAUCUUGUACGACGAAUUGCUUGCUGUUGCAUCUGGGCCUUUGCUGCCAUUGUUCCUUUACCAGAGGUAGUACACAUGGGGCAAACUGGCACCAUUGAGCCGUUCUGUUUCUUCAUGGCUCCCCUUGAGACCUACAGUACUUGGGCCUUUGCUCUCACCCUUCUGACUUUCUUCGGUGGGUUCCUCAUUCCCUUCUCAGUCAUGGCUAUCUUCAACAUACUGACUGCCAGACAUAUCAGACGCUCUAACAAACCAGAAGGCAAGAAACACUGCCUUCUCAUCUAUACCUACAUCAUUGUUUUCCUGAUCAGCUGGCUGCCAUUCCAUCUGAUGCUUUUACUUACACUUGAAGGCACUGGAAUCUUCAUCCAUUGCUACUGGCUUCAUUUCAUCUACUUCUUCUAUGACAUUGUAGACUGUUUCACCAUGGUCCACUGCGUGGUCAACCCCAUCUUGUACAACUUCCUAAGCAAGAACUUCAAAGGAAAACUCAUCUCGGCUGUGGUCAAAUAUAUCCCCAAAGAUCAGAUGAAUCAGAAAGAUAAAGAGGGUUCCUCCAGCACCCAACAUUCGAUUGUCAUCACAAAGGACAACAUCUCACCAAACUAAUGUUUUCUAUGUUCUAUUGUCAUGUUCAGGUAGUAAAACCCAAUGUAUUCAGAUUUCUCCUAUUGACAGAGGGCUGGCCUCAUUGCAAUGUUCUAAUUGUUGUCAGAAUUCAAUGUCUUAUAAUCUAGGGGCCAGAGGCCACCCAAGGUUAAAUAUGGGAAUGCUGUUCUAUCACUUCAGUUCAAUUUGACAAAGUGACUGAUAAGUUUUUAUUAUUCUUCCUUCUUCCAAAUUCCUUAUCCACCUGCCCACCCAUCACCAUAAAUAUGGUAAUGAAUGUUUCUGCUGAAAUGAAAUUUUACUGUUGCAAAGAUGGACAGUAAAGAUGGACUUGCCUCGCCUGUUUGCACAGUUCUGAAUGAAAAUUUAAUUCUGGAAACACUGUCCUGUCCUAUCACGGAAUAGAAUGGGCCAUGAAUAAGAAGUCAGAACAUCAUAACAUAUAGCUGAAGAAUGUGAUGAUGAAAUUGACAUCUAUUUUUUUAUCAUGUCAGAAGCAACUUGAGAACAUACUGCAAGUCGCUUCCAUCGUGAUAGAGUUGGCUGUCUACAGAGAUGUUGCCCAGGAGACACCCAGAUGUAUUACCAUCCUGCUGGGAUGCUUCUCUCGUGUCACCACAAGCUAGAGCUGACAGACAGGGCUCACCCCAUCUCACAGAUUCAAAGCACCAACCUUCAGGUCAGAAGUUCAGCUGGCAUAAGUAUUCAACCCAUUGCGCCACCUCAGCUCCUCUAUCUCCUAUGAUAAAGGAAUAGACAUUGACUAUUAUCUGAAAAUAUUCAGAUAAUAAAAUUUUAAAAUUGAUUUCCUGAGCCUGAGGUUUUUUCUUUAUUUUUGUAUUUUUUGCAAAAUGAACUUUUAUGCAAAAAAAAAUUUCCUGCUCAGAAACCAUGAUUUUCUGAGUAGAAAAUAAUAUGUUCUACAGAGAACAUUAUAUAUUCUGCAUAUGCCUUCCCCAUGGUUUUAUUUUUCAGUUUGUAUAUAAGCCUAUUAUUUUAAAACAAUGAAAUGUGAUAAAUUAAAUAGUAAAUUUGGACCAAUGUGGAAAGAACAUGGCUAACCAGCUUUACACACAAAUGCCAGGGCUUUGAAUCCCCUUUGAAGAGGCACAUAUACACUUGGAAGCUUUGUAAUGUUUGUAGAUGUCUCAGUCUAGCUUCCCGCUUUUACUUUUUGCAUUUGCUCUUUUGGAAAAUGUUGCGUCUCUCCUUCCUGAAUUCCUUUUUUCCUGAGCUGUGCUUUACUCAUCAAACAAGAACAUCCCCAUCAAAGUCUUCUUGUACUUUCUAGAUUUUCAAUAAAUGAGAUUGUCCUACCAUUAAA